GUAAAGAUGGAUUAAUGUUAAGUCUUGCUAAUGUCUAUUAAUAUUAAAUUCCAUGACGUUCAAGGGAAGAAUUACCGUUGUGCCAUACUGAAUUUUUAUUGGUAAGGGUUUAGCCAAUCUUAAUAAUUUUUAUGGAUGCAGAGGCCAAUUAAAUGUUUUGAGAGAGCAGCUAAAAGGUGUCACACGAAUUCACUAUCCAGUAUAGUUGCAUCAUGUUCUUGGGGUAAACAUGUCGUCGUUGGCACAGGAACACCUUUCCAAAUUAUGUGGAGCAAGAAAGAAGUGGCAUCAAAUCUAGAUGUCGUAACAGAUGUGUAUGAUUUCCUCCAUUUGGAAAUGAGAGGGUUCAAGAUGCUAAAUCCCAAGAUGUAAAUUGUUGGAACCAACCGAAUGAUUCAUCUGCCAAACCACAUGUUUGGGAUAAGGACAAGAUCCAUGGUCAAUCUAAUUUUGUCUGGGGUAGUCAGAACCCAAAGGGUACUCAUACGGAGAGAUCUUUAGAUAUUGGUGGUUGGAAUGAA